AUGGUAAUCGAUGCACUGAGCCGUAGGGCUGUUACUGAUUUGAGGAUGAUGGUUGCUCGUCUUAGUUUAUUUGACGAUAGUAGUUUACUGGCUAAACUUCAAGUUAAAACGAGGUGGAUUGAACAGUUUAAAGGCAAGCAGAUGGAGGAUGAGUCACUGGAUUGCCUUGAAAGAAUUGAAAAAGAUACUGAUCAAACUUCUAAGCCAAGUAAUCUCGCCUCUCGAGGCAGACCACCUCGUCACCCUGGAAAUGUCAGUGGUAGUCGAGGUAUUACAAGGGAUUCAACAGUCAAAUCUGAAGCACGAGCACCGGCAAGGACAAAUGCUAUUCAUGCUAGAGAAGAUGCUUCUGCACUAGACGUCAUUACUGAGGUAGAAUAUGUAUACCUAAGAACUUGGAAUUGGUACAAAAGAUUUUACAUGAAGCUUAUAAUGCAAGUAAAAUUUGAACAUCAGGUGUCUCUGGGAUUAUUACAGCCAGAUUUAAUACCAGAAUGGGAAUGA